GCUUUUUUAGGGGAAAAUGUCAUUUAGUGCGAUAAAAGUGUCUGCUUUAUAAAGUGUCCGCCUUAUAACUAUGUAGAGGUGUCCAUUCCACUGUAUAUUUCGUCCUUCCGCCGUUGCAAAACGGGAAGAUCCCAGGGAACGAAAGUGGGAACAGCGACGUCAAAAUCGGAUUUAAUCCGAAAUAAGUUUAAACAACAAACAUGCCAACAUGGCGGAAGAGAAGUGACAAGUUGCCAAUGUGCUUAGUUUGCAAACAAAUAAUGAAUGGAACAGCAAGAACUCCAAAAUCAAAACACCAUUUUGAAACGGAAUACAACCGUCUAUGCUUGAUACAGAAUACUUGUCCAUUAUCUUACAUCAAAGCAAAUUUAAAAGAUAAUUUUUUGGACUUUAAUGCUGAUAGAGUUGAUGUUACAGAAUGGGAUCCUAUAUUAGGUGGCGUCAAAAGCGAUAAUUCCUUACGUUACAUUGCUGUGAGAAGUUUAUGGCAACCAUCUGAUGUAGAUAAGGGCAAAAAAGAAACUUCUGGUAAAAAGAAGAUUCCAGCUAUUCGUUUCAAAGAUAUGACAUUGAAACUUGCUAGGUCUUUAAAGGACUGUUUAUCAACUAGUACUUGCAUAGAAUGUCUCAUCCUUCAGAACUUACCAUUUCAUGAACAAGAUGUUGUUCAUCUAGCAAAGGGCAUCAAUGUUGCAUUGAGUUUGAAGUAUCUAUCAUUUGAACAUUCAAGGCUCGGGGAUAAAUUUUUUAAAGUUUUAUGUCCUGCUAUGAGAAAGUCAACAACGUUGAUUUCUGUAAAUUUCACUGGAUGUGGCUUAAGUUGGAAGUCGAUGGAAGAGAUUGCUGAGAUAAUAAAAUAUCAAGCAACACGACGACAUGGCGAGGCGUGGAAAGAUAGUCUGCGUUAUAGAAGACCAGACUUAGAUCAAAUGGAAGGACUUCGCCGCAUAACAUUAUGUGAAAACAAUAUUGGAGACUAUGGAGCACGAAUUCUUGCUGAUGCUUUAAAAGAUGACCUCUGGUUAAAAGCACUUGAUCUGCAGCAUUGUGGUAUCUCCACGGAUGGUGCUUCCAUUUUGAAAGAUUCGCUUACUUUUAACAAAGCUAUGCUGGUUUUAGAUGUUAGAAGAAACCCCCAUAUAGAUUAUGAACUCCUCCGGUCCAUCAUCGAGCAAGUCAUGAUCAACGCAGGAGGAGAACACCCUGAGUAUCCUUGGCAGUCGGGUAAAGACAAAGAAGAGAAAAGUAGACCAACUCAGAGGAGACCACGUUUUAAUGUUUGUAAAAAGACGCAGAGUAAAAUUGGGAGAUCAAGGCGAAGAAGCAGUUUGGAUACUGGUGCAGAGCACUAUCCUUGGCGCACAGCCGAACGGAUCAAAUCAAAUCGAUAUCGUCGUAAGAACCCGUUGAAUGGAAGUGUUAGCGAACCAUUUACAGCGAUGCAAGCUUUACGAAAGAAAAAGACAUCGCGAAACAAUAAUGACGUUCAAAACGGAGACGUGACGAGGUUUUGUAGUAGCCGACGAAUGGAUAAAGUAAUGAAGCAAAGUGGUUUAGCCAUUAAGGACUAUGAUAGCGAUGAUUUUACAACAAAGCGGGGUCGUAAUCCACCAAACGCAAAAUUUGUUAAUACACAAGACGCUCCUGGAUGCAGUGAUAAAGCGAAGCAUAUAUCACGAACGCGAAACGAUAACGUUUUUGAACGAACGCGACACGAUAAUGUUUUUGAACGAACGCGACACGGUAAUCUUUUUGAACGAACGCAACACGAUAACGAGGGAAGUCUACACAACGAUAUGAAAAAAGAUACCUAUUUAAACCUUAUAAACGAACUCCGAAUGGAAGUCGAUUUAUAUCGAGAGAAACUCGAAAAAGAAAAGUUGUUGCGUUUAAUUGCCGAAGAAAAAGUGAAUAAGUUAGAAACAGAGAAGGAAAAACUUCUGCGAGGAAUGAACAAUAGAAAUACAUCAAAGGCAGAAAGAGCAGUUGAUAAAACGAGCAUGCGUAAUGGUAGUAACAACGUACUUGAAGAUGACAAUAUUUUAGACAGCAUCGAAUCUUCAUUUGAACAGUUUCAACAGUUUCUUGAUAUGUUGAAAGAUUUAGGAUUGGGAGAUCUUUAUACUCAAAUGCAACAGAAACAACUCGACCACAAAAAGCAAACACCAUGAUCGAUAAAUAUUUGUGUGUUGUACAUAUAUGUCCGGAUUGAGGUUUUAGUCCGGAUAUAUAUCUAGAUGGACGAGAAAGUUCGUUGUCAAACAAAAGCCGGUCAAAUUAUUUUGAUCCGUAUUUUUGUAUUUACUCGUUGUAGAUAUUUUUCUAUCCAGUGACUUGUGAUAUUGUUAAAUUGGAUACACUUAAUUUAUUUCUUUAAUGUCGAAAUAUUAUUUUAACGCUUAAAUUUUUGAGUCGCUAAAUUA